GAAAGAAAUCAUUUAUUUGUUCAUUUAUUUAUUUUAGGAAAGAAAUCAUUUAUUUGUUUAUUCAGUUCCAUGAUUCAGUUAUCAAGAAGUUGAAAGUUCUUCUACCGCGGACUAAUGAUGAAAUGCUAAAAGAACAUGUUCGGCAGUUUUUACAUCUCGUGGGUGAUGUUAGCAUUCCUCGUGGGGCUGGUAUUCGAGUAUUGUCACUUGAUGGUGGAGGUACGCGAGGUGUAUUAGGCCUAGAUGUUUUGCAAGCGCUGGAAAAUAAUUUGAAGGGAUCAAAGGUUGUCGAAGUGUUCGAUCUAAUCGUGGGUGUAAGUACUGGAGCUAUUAUCGGUACAUUACUCGCUGCUAAGAGGUUACCAGUUGAAAAGUGUAAGGAAGUUUAUAUUGAGAUCUCAAGGGAGCUUUUCAGCCAGGGCAAAUUUUCGGGGAUGAGCGGUCUUCUUCUCUCACAUGCGUACUACAACACUGAAAAAUGGAAGCAAAUCCUGAAGAACGUUAUUGGCGAGGACACGUUGCUAGAAAUAUGUGGACGCUGGGAAACGCCCAUGCUCAGUAUAGUAUCGUGCACCGUGAACACA